ACGAACAGCAGCUGGCUGGCUACUCCUCCCUCGUCUUCUUUAUUUCUUCUUCUUGUUCUUCUUCACCUACCCAAGCCAAUCCACCUACCCCCAAAGAAUCACAGAAUUCACUCACAUUCGGCAGGACUUGAUUGAUUUGAGAUUGCGUGUCAAUGUCGUCGUCGUCAUCCGCCGUGCUCACCUGCAGGGCUGCUGUUGCGUGGGCUCCCGGUGCCCCUUUAGUUAUCGAGGAGGUGCAGGUCAGUCCCCCCCUCCCCUUGGAGAUCCGCAUCAAAAUUGUCUGCUCUUCCCUUUGCCGCACCGAUGUCACUGCUUGGCUUUCCCAGGCGCAACCUCAAAUCUACCCACGGAUAUUUGGCCAUGAAGCAUCAGGGAUUGUUGAGAGUGUAGGUGAAGGAGUGACAGAAUUUAAAGAAGGGGACCAUGUGCUUACUUUGUUCACGGGAGAAUGUAAGAGAUGCAAGCACUGUAUGUCAGGUAAAAGCAAUGUCUGCCAAGAGCUGGGGUUGGAACGCCAAGGCGUAAUGCACAGUGACAAACAGACACGGUUCUCAAUACGAGGAAGACCCGUGUAUCAUUAUUGCGCGGUUUCAAGUUUUAGCGAGUAUACAGUUGUGCACUCUGGAUGUGCUGUCAAGAUUAUCCCUGAGGCGCCUCUGGAGAAAAUAUGCCUUCUAAGCUGUGGAGCUGCAGCAGGUUUAGGUGCAGUGUGGAAGGUUGCAGAAAUCUCGGUGGGAUCACGUGUAGUCGUUUUUGGACUUGGAACAGUAGGCCUUUCUGUUGCACAAGGUGCUAAACUGAGGGGUGCAGCUCAGAUCAUUGGCGUUGAUGUAAAUGCUGAGAAGAGAGAAAUAGCAAAGGCUUUUGGCGUAACAGACUUUCUGAACCCAAACGACCAUGAUCAGCCAAUUCAGCAGGUUAUUAACAGUAUUACUGAUGGUGGGGCGGACUACGCAUUCGAGUGUGUAGGAGAUACUGGAAUUGUCACCACUGCUUUGCAGUCUUGCUGCAGCGGAUGGGGCGUGACAGUGACUCUGGGUGUGCCAAAAGAGAAGCCCCAAGUAGAAGCUCACCACGGGCUGCUUCUCAGUGGGAGAACACUGAAGGGGUCUCUGUUUGGUGGAUGGAAGCCCAAAUCUGAUAUUCCUUCACUCGUCGACAUGUACCUCAGGAAGGAGAUCGAGAUUGACAAGCUCAUUACGCACAACGUGAUGCUCGAGGACAUAAACAAAGCAUUCGAGCUGAUGAAGGAAGGAAAAUGCUUGCGGUGCGUCAUCCACAUGGGCCAGCAGCAGAUCUAAGGGCUUCAGCUUCGGACUUGAUCGAUUGAGCUGCCAUGAUAAUUGAAUAAAGAUACGAUCCAACAAACAAUAGGGCGAUCAGCAUAAGAAACAACAUGCAUAUAUAUAAUGAUGAAUGCGGGGGAGACUGAGUAUUCAUUCAGUUUUGCAUUUGGUGGGGUUGCGUUGUAUGAUAAGGUUCCCCAGAUGAUACAUACAGUAGCAGAACUAGACAAUGUGUAUACAAUGUUGUCCAUGGAAGAUGUGUUUUUGAAAUGAUAGAUCAAGAUCAAUCAGAA